UUAAAUGUCCCUCCGACGGCUCUCAUGGCACUCUCCUUCCCUCUCUCUACCACCCACACCAUCAACCGCUUCCUCCUCGCCUCCGCCCUCCUUCUCCUCUGCCUCUUCCUCCUCUCCGCCCUCUUCCUCCCUCGCCGCUCUAGCCCUUCCCCCUUCUCCCUCUCUUUCGAUCUCUCCCUCCCUCCUCCGCCCUCGUCACCGCCGCCGCCGCCUCCACCUCCUUCUCUCUACCAUCCUCCGCCUCUCUCGGCACCACUCGGACUCUCAUUGUGGGUGCCAGGAACGUCGGAUGGGGCGGGACCUCGAGAAGUCGAUGAUGGUAUCACGUCUCUUCCCGAGCCCGCAGUCUGGGAGCCGGAACCGGAGGCGGAGACCGGUCGGGAUGCUGCAGAGUCUCGAGAAGGCCGUCCGACCGGGAGGAGGGAGGGGAAGUGCGAUCUCUUCCACGGGAGGUGGGAAAGGGAUGAGGAGGGUUGGUACCCUCUCUAUUCUCCGGGAUCUUGCCCUUAUGUGGACGAGGCUUUUAGCUGCCAGGAGAACGGGAGGCCAGAUCGGGAUUACCUGAAGUGGAGGUGGAAGCCGAAAGAUUGUGAUCUUCCGAGGUUUAAUGCAGCAGACUUUUUGGAGAGACUGAGAGGUAAAAGAUUGAUGCUUGUGGGUGAUUCAAUGAACCGGAAUCAGUAUGAAUCCUUGCUUUGCCUUCUACAUGAAGCCUUGCCUAAUAAGAGCAAAAUGUAUGAGACUCGAGGGAAUAGAAUAACUAAAGGACGUGGCUACUUUAUAUUCAAGUUUGUGGAUUAUAACUGCACAGUAGAGUUUGUUCGCUCCCAUUUUCUUGUCCGAGAAGGGAAACGUGUCAACAGACAGGGCAGUUCACCGACUCUCGCAAUAGAUCAUAUUGACAAGUCAGCUCACCGAUGGAAGAGAGCUGACAUUCUGGUUUUCAAUACUGGUCAUUGGUGGACUCAUGGGAAGACAGCAAGAGGGAAGAAUUACUAUCAAGAAGGUGAUGUUCUCUAUCCACAGUUUGAUGCAAUUGAAGCUUUUAGGAGAGCCAUGAGAACUUGGGGAAAAUGGAUUGACAAUAACAUGGACCCUGCAAGGAAGUUGGUCUUUUACCGGGGGUAUUCUGCUGCUCAUUUCAGGGGUGGAGAUUGGGACUCUGGUGGCACAUGCAAUGGAGAGACAGAUCCUAUUUCAACUGGAGCGCUCCUUGAUAGUUACCCCUUGAAAAUGAAAAUUGUGGAGGAGGUUAUUCGUAAAAUGCAUUUUCCAGUUAUUCUCUUAAAUGUAACAAAGCUGACCAACUUCCGUAAAGAUGGGCAUCCAUCAAUUUAUGGUAAGACCCGGACACAAGGGCAGAAAGUUUCUAAAAGAAAGCAGGAUUGCAGCCAUUGGUGUCUCCCUGGGGUUCCUGAUUCUUGGAAUGAGUUGAUAUACUUCUCUCUUGUCCUUGCGCAAACAAUGCAUUUGGCGAAGUAAAGAUGGUUGGUUAAUCUGCUGAGUCAGGUUUUUCUCAUGUGGCACAUAAUUGUAUCUUUAUUGGUCAUGA